AUGAACGCUUUUUCUUCACAGGCUAGACAAAGGAUAAAAGAAUUCAAUACUGGGAGAAAGCUGAUAAAUCUUCGCAAAGCAUCUACAGCUUUUGACUCGAAAGAGGUAUACGCAAAGGCUGAAAUACACGAACGAGAACCAGUUCGACAAUACCCGCUGAGUGGUGCAAUGAAAACAGUUCCUGGAAAUAUUGCCAGGCCUCCCUAUGCAGAUACAGGAGAGCUUCCGUAUUCUCUUUUUUCAAAUCAAAUACUGCUUCAUGAUGCCGCUUCCGUCGAGAAGAUGAGCCGCGCCGCCCGAUUGGCCCGACAAGUAUUGGAUUUCACUUGCACGCUGGCCAAACCAGGUGUCACUACGGAUGAAAUCGACACUGCAGUUCACGAGGAAAUUAUCAGACAGGGUGCUUACCCCAGUCCACUGAAUUAUCAUGGUUUCCCCAAAUCGUUGUGUUCCAGUAUUAAUGAAGUUAUUUGUCACGGAAUUCCUGAUGGGCGUCCCUUGCAAUUUGGAGAUAUCGUUUCGUUUGAUGUCAGUUGUUUCAUCGGCGGCGUCCAUGGUGAUAACUGUGCCACAGUGAUUGUUGGUGACGAACAAGAGAAAGAUGAGAUUGGUGUAGACUGGAGAGGGGUGCCAUAUCUUUCGACCUUUGACAAACCUGAGGAUGAAGAAAUGAUGCGCUCGGGAAGAAGGCUGGUGCAUGCGGCACGAGAAUCCUUGUAUGCGGCUAUCGAAGAGUGUGGACCCGGCAAGUGCUUGACAUCAGUCGGAGGUGCGAUCCAGGAGGUUUCAGAUUCCUAUGGUUAUAGUACAGUUACCAAGUACAGAGGUCAUGGAAUCAGCUCAGAAUUUCACACAGCUCCAUACGUAAAGCACUACCGAAAUAAUGACACUCUUGAGCUACAACCUGGGAUGAUCUUUACGAUUGAACCAAUGAUUGUGGAGGAUGCGGGUGAUUGUUUUGAAUGGGAUGAUCAAUGGACAGUCGCAACCACAGACGGCGGCAUGGCUGCACAGUUUGAGCACACGGUUCAUAUCACACGGGAUGGUGUAGAAAUUUUGACACUUCCAGAGUAA